UAGGCCUUCAUGAAUCGGAUCCCUUUCUGCAAUUCCGCAGUCUCACCGAUACGCUGCUUCUGCUUCGGUAUUCGCUGAAAAUCUGCUUAUCUGUUACCACGUUCGCCGCCGGAUAGUUUGAAUUAGUAUUCGUUGCUGUCUUGAUACUCUCAUAUAUGGGCUGAAGCACCUUUUUCAUGGGAGGUGUUGGGGAUGACCAACCACCAUCGAAACGUGUGAAAUUGUCAUCUGCAGGAACUGUUUGUAAUUUUUCAUCACCAAGUGGGAAAAGUAAUCCGAUGGCUCGGCUUUUAGCAUCCGAAGAGGAGGAGGUUGUUGGUUCAAAAGGUGUUAUUAAGAAAGUUGAACUUGUUCGGAUUAUUGCCGAUGCAUUGCAGUCUCUUGGUUACUCUGACACAGGGGCUUGUCUAACGGAGGAAUCUGGAAUUUCGCUGCACACGCCUGUGGUUGAAUUGUUUGUGAAUCAAAUACUUGAAGGUCGAUGGGAUGAGAGUGUUAGAUUGUUGGCUGAAAUUGGUCGAAUAGAUGAGUCGGUUAUUGAAUUAGCAUCUUUUGUAAUAUUGGAGCAAAAGUUCAUGGAACUUUUGGACGAAAAUAAAACAAUGGAUGCUUUGAAGACGUUGAGGGCAGAGAUGGCUCCGCUUGGUGUAAAGCAUGAGAGAAUGCAAGAGCUGUCUUUGCUUGUAGUGUUCCCCUCAUCGAACUCAAAUGGUGAAACUUCUGGCCCUGAGCGGAGGAUCAACUCUCGUAAAAAGUUACUGGAGAAUUUGCAUAAGCUGCUUCCCCCUUCGGUUAUGGUUCCCGAAAAAAGAUUGGUCCAUCUUGUCGAACAAGCGCUUUCCUUGCAAAAGGAUGCCUGUCGGUUUCACAAUUCCUCAGUUGGGGAAAUGUCUUUGCUUGCGGAUCAUCAGUGUGGAAAAGAACAUAUGCCAUCUCAAACCUUGCAGAUAUUACAAGAGCACGAUGAUGAAGUGUGGUUUUUGCAAUUCUCUCGUGAUGGAAAGUACUUGGCUUCAUCAUCGGGUGAUUGUGUCGUGAUUAUAUGGGAGGUUGCGGCUGAUGGUCAAAUUUCAUUAAAGCAUAGACUGUCCGGUCAUCAGAAACCCGUCGCUUAUCUUUCGUGGAGACACUGCAACGAUCAGCUUCUUACGUGUGGUUUACAGGAGUCUGUUAGACGGUGGGACGUAGCCUCCGGAGAAUGCCUCCACACAUAUGAAAAAGGUUCUCUUGGUCUUGUUUCUUGCGCGUGGUCUCUUGAUGGGAUGAGAAUAUUUACCGGCAUCAACGAUAAAAGUGUCAGCAUGUGGGAUUUAAACGGCACGGAAUUGGAAUGUUGGAACGGGCCUAACACUGCCCGAAUAGCUGAUAUGGGGAUCACUAUGGACGGGAAGGAGCUCAUAACGAUUUGUAGAGAAAAUACAAUACAAUUCUUUGGGUUGGAAACGAAGUCCGAGAGAUUCAUCGAAGAGGAUCAAUGGAUAACUUCAUUUGUCCUGUCAGAAGACCGGAAAUAUUUGCUCGUUAGCUUAGCGGACCAAGAACUUCAUCUUUGGAACAUCGAUGGCUAUCCUCGGAUGGUCACUAAAUACAAAGGCCAUAAACGUGCUCGUUUUGUUGUCAGGUCGUGUUUCGGUGGAUCCAACCAGGCAUUUGUCGCCAGCGGAAGUGAGGAUUCACAGGUUUACAUUUGGCACCGAAUCUCGGGAGAUCUCAUUUUGACAUUGUCGGGGCACACCGGGGCUGUCAACUGUGUCGCCUGGAAUCCGGCAAACCCUUACAUGCUUGCUUCAGCCAGCGAUGAUCGAACCAUACGCAUUUGGGGUCUGACGCCGGUUCUAUCGAAUUCGAAUUCAAAUUCAAAUUCAAAUGGAGCUCACAGCAACGGCCUUCACUAUUAUUGCAACGGAGGGACUUCAUAAUAAGUUGAAUAUUUUCUUAAUUAUUCAUUACUUUACUUUUCUGUGUAAAUUUGUUACUUUCGACAAUACCGUUGUUGUUGUUGUUCGCUUUAUUCCUGCUAUCUUCUUCUUAACCAUUCAUUACUUUACUUUCUGUGUACAUUCUUUACUUUCGACAAUAGUAUUAUUGUUCGUUGUUAUUAACUUUA